GUUUAAUACGACGACCUUGUGGAAUCGUACAGACGCAUGUGUAGUCAUCAGGUACGUGCAUUGAAUAUGAUAGUGAUCCUCACCACGAGUUCAUGUUCUUCACAUUCUAUGCAGUGUUGAUCUCUUUGUAGAACGCAGACACGAGCCAAAUCGUCGAACCUUGUCAGUGCGUUUGCCGCAUUGCGUAUGGCAAACGGGUUCGUUAUUUGAAGCUUCAUAGCAUAGCAUUGCAUAUGCUGAAAAUGUACGAACACAUAGGCCUUAGUGACUGGUACAUAACCAUGGCUUCAAUUCAGAGAAGUCUCCGACCUCGAAAGCCAAAGCCGGCUUUGGAGGUUCUUGCCAAGCCCACUGGCAGCGUCAAGCGGACUAGGCGAACACGAUCGAAGCAACCUGCAGAGCAGAGUAAUGCACCAGUCAAGCCGCUGCCGCUCGAACUGAUACUGCUCAUUCUCGAGAACGCCGACUCUCCGCGCACGCUCGCCGAUGCGAGUCUCGCAUGUCGCACCCUUCAGUUCGAGGCCGAGCGUCUCCUGUAUCGGGAAGUCGACGUGGGACGCGUUCCGCACGUUCGCAGUCUACAUCAAGCUCUCACGAAAUCAUCCAGACGGGCAUCCUUCAUCACCAUAUUCCGGGCUCAAGACAACAGACGGUUCACUCCCGUUGUUCCUCUGGUAAACGAAAUACUCCUUAUGCUCCCCAACCUCGUGCACCUGGGACUGAAACUGCAUGCAACCUUCGAGGACCUCGCGCUCUAUAACACCGUGCUGCGUACCCUCGAACAAUGCACCUUCAAACUGAAGUCAUUCGAGAGCUGGGCAAGCGAGGACAGCGACUAUUCCCUUUUUCUCCGACAGCAGACUGCACUCCAAUCACUUCACUUCAGGGGAUGCGAUUUCACCGGCCCUACCUGGGAGAUACCCCCCGAUGUCCUCCCAUGCCUCAAAGAGGUGGUGACCUCUCACAAGCUCUUCGCGGGCGCCAUCCGUACUCCGUAUGCGAUAACGCACCUGGAUCUCACCCUUGAUAGUGGGUAUGACCGGGAACUCAACGACAUUGUUCGAGUUGUACAGCACCAAUUGAUCAGUCUGAAGUGCGAACGGCACUCUUCAGUACAACGCCAAAACCCACUGUCAGUCUGGCCUCUCAUAUUGGGUAUAAUCAAUAGCAACCCCUUGCCAAGAUUGAAGUAUCUCGAGGUCCAAGACCAUAUACCUAGCCUGAGUGGUGCCAGUUUCUACCAGCGGCCUGAUGAUAGUGUCUUGCAUACUGGUAGGCCUGACAUCGUGCUGGACACGCUCGUCUGGUCUGCGCUGUACAACGAUGAGAUUGGCGACUGUCCCCGGACUGAACGCUCCCGGCUAGCUGGUGUCCGUCCUUGGGCCAAGAAUAUUCUCGAGAGAUAUAGCUCUCUGAGAAAUUUUUUCUACGUCGAUCGAUGUAUCACGGACGCAACCGGAGGCAUACGGGCGACCUGCGUGAUGCUGUUCACAUUGUCAUCUGAUGAUAUGCUUCUGGAGGAGAGGAAGGAGGCGAAGGACUUACCUGUUUGGUCUGCAAUCUAGAAGCAUGUAUCAUGGGUUGUUUAUGAUGCAUGACGUCGCAGCUCGUUGGUAUGUAGGAACAGAGUGGGCGAGGGCCUUGACUCAUUCAUCAUAGCACGUACCGCUUUACAGCCUAUGUAGGCUCCAGCCCGACUGAUCAUUGGACAAACGUGAUUCCGAAUUGUUUGGUGUGUGGACACGACCGCUCACACAGAUGUACUGAGAUGUAACGUCGAUGGCCUGCAUUGAGAGA